AAAAUGAGCGCACGUGAUAUAAUGGAUGCUCCAAUGCAUCCCCAAGGAGGUGAAGAGAAAAGGGUCUACGUUACCGAAACAGAAGCCUUUAGUGAAAAUUUAGAAAUCGUUAUUAGGGACCUUGCUACUGAUUUUGUUGAUAACGUCUGAGACCUAGCUUGCAAGCUGGCUAAGCAUCGAAAAUCAGAUAGACUCGAGGAGAAGGACAUGAUCCUUGCUAUAUCAUUGCUUAAGCCGAGUUCUACUGUGAAGAACCAGUAUUCUAAUAUUCCAGAGUAAACAGUAAUUUCUUUUCUCUAAAUAGUGAUUUGGAAGUAUCUUCCUCUAACUCAGUUCUAAAUUAGCAGGUUAAACCUACAUUAGCAGAUAAAUAUGUCGAAGAUACCUCUCACAAACUCUCUUCAGUGAAAAUUCACCUCAAGUGUCUAUAUUUCGAGAAAUCAGUGAGAAAAUUUUCAACUGUA